AUCAUAUCAAUCAUAUCAAUCAUAUCACCUACUUCACCUUUUAUCUUAUGCAACAGGUAUUCGCUCCAAUGCCUCAGAUCUGGUAGCCUACGAAUCUUUGAUACCUUUUUCGCCUUAUCACUUAUCCUGAUUUAAGCUCACCUUACAUCACACCCUUAUCACAAGCGCGAGGAUAUCAUUCAUCCUCCAGUCACCAUCCGUGCCGCCACUGUUUUUAGAGUUAGGAUCGAGCCUUCCUGAUACAACCAAUACACCCUUCCAUCCAAGUCAUUAGCUUCCCGGCGAUAACCUCUACCGUUGACUAACUCAAUUGUACGACUCGUACAAAGUCAAAGGUUGGGACAAGCCAGCAUUAUUUAUUUUGUCUGGUCUUAAUAAACUCUUGGGGCUUUUUUUUCGGCCAGUCUUUGGUUGAGCAAUAAUUACUACAACAAUAAUUUGGUCGCGAAAGCUUACGCCGCUUAUCGCAUUCUCAACAUUCGCUAAUUUAAUCUUCCCUAUCUUACUUUUAUCAUUCUAUCCUACUUAACUCCUUUGGCAAAUUACCGACACCGUGUCUCACACGCUGGAUUCCGUGCGCGGCUGCGAAAAAAGGAUGGCGACUGACUUCAUAAUGCCCAGGCCAGCUGAGCAGCCGCAGGCGCAUUUCUAUCCUUAUCGCCAAAUGCCCACCGCGCCGUCGCCAUCUCCGACCUAUCCAUCUCAAGGAUACCAUUCUCAACAGAUCUCGCCCUUGAGCACUUCUACCAACGCCUCACCUACCUCCUCCAAAUCCUCCAAACCGUAUCAUCGUCAACGCUUACGGCCUCUCUACAUGCCCGCAGUUUUAAGACCGACCGAGCACCCCUACAAGAGGAAGACAGAAGCACAGGAGGAUGAUAAUCCGGUAUCGUCUAACAGCAGCUUCAUCAGCCUGGCCGGAUUGGGCGCGCUUAGCCGACUGAGUCGCCGUACUACAGGUGACAGCGGAAAGUGUGUAGAUGAUGACGAUGAUGACGAAUGGGACUUGGAUAUGUUUCCUAAGCCGACGGCGCAACCCACGCGGCAACACUGGAAGCCCGACACGGAAUCGACUAUUUGCGACGAGCCCUCAUGUAUGCGCCACUUCAACUACUGGACACGCCGGCAUCACUGUCGGAAAUGUGGCAACAUCUUCUGCGAUUCGCAUUCGGCAUACGAUGUUCCUCUCGAUCAAGACGCGAAUUAUAACCCACGAGGUACUCCGAGCCGCGCGUGUUCCCACUGUUUUUCAGAGUUCAAAGCGUGGCGUAGUCGGACAAAUAGCCAGGCUUCUAGCGACACGUCUUCCACCGGCAGAGAGUCGCAAACCGCACCCUCAAGCCCAGCCGCUUCAGCCCCGACGGCAAUCCAAGGUCAAAAUGGCCAUGAUCAGGACAUCGCGGCGAGCGUUCCACGGGACUGGAACUGGAGUACCUUCUGAUGGAUUUGGAAUCGGAUGCCUCCGUUAGGGAUAUAAAUAUCCUUUUAUACUCGAUACCGGGUGUCUGCGAAUCCGGAUUAGCCUUUACGUCAACUUCUCAGAGAGAAUUCUACAGACCUAAGUGAUGAUACACGAGACAACGGAUCUAAUCACAACGACAACAACGACAACUUUCCCCGCGAUGACGGGAUAUACAUACAACCUUCACAUAGACUAGAAAUUUCCAGGAUAGACUGGAACUACGGUACAGGUGCAUAUUUCUGCACGAAUCUCAUGCAUUGCAUGGUGGUAUCAUUGUUGGAUUUCUUUUCGGCCUACGAUACCCAACUUUCAAGUACUAAUUUCGAUAUCGAAUUCCAUUGAGCGGCGAGGGGGUGACAUGCGCAAGGGAGCGGUUAUGCGAUUGGUACUGAAUGCAUCCUGCGGCAAGGUGAUUACGGGCGUUUUUUUUUUUUUUUUUUUUUUUUUAUCUCAAUGAUAAAGGGACCGGUCAGGUAGCGUGCAUAUCACGG